AUGAUGGGCCCUUUGACUUCCGCGAGCAUCAUGCUCUUUGCUCAAAGCGCAUUGGCUUCAAAGUCCGAUAUUCGCUUCAACCACAUCCAGGUUAUCGGAACACACAACUCCUACCAUCGUGAGGUCUCACUUGCCGAGCGACCUGUAUUCGAGAAGUAUGUUCCGUCCCCAGAAGAUUACUACUAUUCGCACGCGGAGCUCGACAAUCAACUGGAAUACCAAUCCGUGCGCUCUUUGGAACUCGACCUACACUCAGAUGAGAAGGGCGGCCUAUACUAUCCUCCCGUAAUAUGGACACUUUCAAACUUGACCAAUGCAAGCACACCUUACAACGGGGAUGUGCUGAAGAAGCCGGGCAUCAAGGUUUUCCACGUCACAGAUUUUGACCCUGACUCUGUCUGCCACACCUUCGUUGACUGCCUCAAGCAGUUGAAGAGCUGGUCGGAUGCGAAUCCCAGACACGUACCCAUUACCAUCGAUUUAGAGCUAAAGACAGAUGCGCCAGCAUGUCAAUUAGGCGGUGCCUGUCCUGGUGAAGCGACAAACUGGACGCUUCCACGCCUCUUGAACGUCGACGCGGAAAUUCUCUCUGUUUUCCCCAAGGAACAGCUCAUCCGCCCCGACGACGUGCGUAAGAAUGGCCUCACCCUCGAACAGUCUGUCUUGCAGCAUGGGUGGCCGAAGCUAAAGGACGUGCGCGGUCGGCUGAUGUUCUUCUUCGACAACGAUCCGAAGCCCACUGAUCCCAAUUCGCCUCGUGAGCUCUACCUUACUGGUGCACGAUCACUUCAGAACCGUACCGUCUUCACCAACGCACUCGAAGGCUCACCCGAUGCUGCAUUCAUCAAGCACAACGAACCGCGUGGGAGUGACACCGCUGAGAUCCAGCGUCUUGUGAAGAAGGGAUACCUGAUCCGAACUCGUGCUGACGUGCCUCUCGAUACCAUCCUGAACCGCACUACGGAGAUGCGGGAAAGUGCUUUCGAGAGCGGUGCGCAGAUCGUCAGUACCGAUUUCCCAGCGUGGGGCAUGAGCAGUCGAUGGGGCUGGGACUAUGUGGCCAGGCUUCCUGGAGGAUUAGCUGCAAGGUGUAACCCGGUGACUGCACCAGAAGGAUGCAAGGAUAAAGAUCUUGAGUAG